AUGCUCGAUACAAAAGAAAGUCCUCUCCUCAAUCCAAAAGGUCCUAUGCUCGAUACAAAAGAAAGUCAUGUCCUCAAUCCUAAAGAAGGUCUUAUGCUCGAUACAAAAGAAAGUCAUGUCCUCAAUCCUAAAGAAGGUCCUAUGCUCGAUACAAAAGAAAGUCCUGUCCUCAAUCCUAAUGAAGGUCCUUUUCUCGAUACAAAAGAAAGUCCUGUCCUCAAUCCUAAAGAAGGUCCUAUGCUCGAUACAAAAGAAAGUCCUGUCCUCAAUCCUAAAGAAGGUCCUUUGCUCGAUACAAAAGAAAGUCCUGUCCUCAAUCCUAAAGAAGGUCCUAUGCUCGAUACAAAAGAAAGUCCUGUCCUCAAUCCUAAAGAAGGUCCUAUGCUCGAUACAAAAGAAGGUCCUAUGCUCAAUACAAAAGAAAGUCCUGUCCUCAAUCCUAAAGAAGGUCCUAUGCUCGAUACAAAAGAAAGUCCUGUCCUCAAUCCUAAAGAAGGUCCUAUGCUUGAUACAAAAGAAAGUCCUGUCUUCAAUCCUAAAGAAGGUCCUAUGCUCGAUACAAAAGAAGGUCCUAUGCUCAAUACAAAAGAAGGUCCUAUGCUCGAUACAAAAGAAAGUCCCGUCCUCAAUCCAAAAGAAUUCCUUCGCUUGAUACAAAGUCCUGUACCCAAGCCAUGUUCAUAUCUAUUCUUCAAGGGAAGCUAUGCCUUUCAAUAUCUUCUUUAUUAUUCUUUGACAGCAAAGCAUAGGGCGGGAAACAGAAAAAUGCCUAAAGAAAAAAUUUCAGGUUUCCUUUUCUCAAAACCAUUCCACAAAUACCUGUUAUAUCCUUAA